UCACUUUAAUAUUUAGAAUAGAGGAAGGAAGGAAGCUUUGGAGAAGAAUCCCACCGACGCCCGGGCCACUUUACUAAUAUAUACAAUGUCCCCUCCAAGAUCUUUCCCUUCGCAAUAUGCCCUUCUCUUUAAAGAAAACAACCCUCUCAUUCCUCAGUCCUUUAACCCUUCUUAUCUAAUUAGAUAGAGAAACAUUCACAGAUUAUUAUUUGGAAAUUCAUUUGCUCAUGGGAAAUUGCCUCUUUGGAGGCUUGGGGCCGGAGGCCGACCAAGGUGGAGGAGGAGGAGGAGGAGGGUUGGCCAAAGUAAUCACGUCGAACGGCGGUGUGAUGGAGUUCUAUGCCCCGAUCACUGCAGGAUCCAUCACCGACGAGUUUCCAGACCACAGAAUCUUCCGCACCCACGACCUCUUCUGGAAGCCGCUCCCUCACCAUGAAGACCUCGUGGCAGGAGAGUCUUAUUACUUGCUCCCUUUCAGUAGCCAUUCAGGUUCCAUUGGUGCUAGUAAGUGCGGCCAAGUCGUGAGAGAAGGCCACGUCCGGUCCAACAGCAUUCCUGCGGCCUCUGGGGUCCCGCCCUACAGGAUGUCUGUGGAGUACCGGGGCACACUGAAGCGCACAUACACAGAUGUCUUCUCCAGGUACGGUAAUAGUGGCAACGACGGGGGCAGGAUGUGGAAAGUGAGGCUUGUGAUAAGCCCGGAGCAGUUGCUAGAGAUACUGUCGCACGAGGCCCGCACCCAGGAGCUGAUAGAGAGCAUGAGGGCAGUGGCAAAAUGUGGGGCUGGGGGAGGGCCAAUAGGCGUGCUGUCCUCGUCUUCCGGGGGUUUCUCCGACCAGUGGAGCCUCUCGAGCAGCAGGAAUGCUUCAUCCAAGACCGAUGGCUUAGUAGUGGAUAUAUGAUGCUAGAAAGAUUACAGGAUAUAUAUUAUCCCCUUCUUUCCGACUCUCUUCCUCUACAAGAAGCCGGAGGUUUACCAUAGAGCAAAUUAUGAUCGUAGCUUAGCCAGCAACAUAUUAGGCAUAGUCUCAUAUAAGACACAGGAUAAUCCAAAAUUUGUAUCUGUUUCUUGUGCAAAACAAGGUUGUCGAACGUGGUACGUACAAAUUUUCAGCUUUGCAAUUGUAA